AAUGAGUUUCCAUAGCCGAAGUUCAAGCGAAAUAGAAGUAAUUCAAUAUCGCGAUGUACUGCCAGUAUUCAUCAAAGACUUUUUUAUGGACUUUAAUUUUGCGGAUGUCAAACACAAAUUUAAGAUAAAGAAUUUAUUUACAGAAAGUGACUUUAUAUCACUAACUGAAGACUUACGGAAAUCACCCAAACAACAAAUUCUACAGCUUUUUCACAUAUUAUGUUCAAAUGAAAAUCUUAUACCAGAUUUUUUGGAUUUGAUCGAAUACGAAUACAAAUGGCUUGUUGACAAGAUUAAAUAUGAACGUAACACACCAAGUAAAGAGACCUCUCAUUAUAUUGACGUUAGCAAAUCACUGCGCAGCAGAUACCAAAAUCACACUGAGUUUAAUGUACUUCGCAUAGAACCAUAUACAAAAUUACGAAAUGCGUUAAGACAACUGCAACCACACCAUAAAGUUGUAUUGGUUGGAGAGUAUGGUUUGGGUAAAAAGUGGCUGGCCCUUGAUGUUUGUUACGAAUAUACCGUGCUUCAAUCAAUGAAUUUCAAAAUCUUUAGAUUUGAUGUUAGCAAGUGCAAUAGUCCUGAGGAAGAUCUAAGAGUCUUACAGGAGUUUUAUAUAGUUCUAGAAAAUACCAAUUAUGUAAAAAGUUACGAUAGCAUCUCUAAUCAUAUAUUGGAUCUGCAACAACGAAUUAGACAAAAAUUAACAAGAAAUGAGUAUAAAAACUGUUUAAUCAUUCUGGAAAAUGUGCAAAACGCUAAAUCAUAUCAAGCAUUCAAUUUAGGCUGUAAAAUGUUGAUAAUAACACGUUAUAAUGCAGUGAGUGAUUCACUUUCAUCUAAAAUGAAUAGAAUAAUUGAUAUGGAAAGAAGAUUAACACAGAAUGAGUUCUUUUGCUUGUUUGAGAAAUAUCUUAAUCGCAAUCGUCGAGAGUUUCCAUCAAAUGCAACAGAUAUAUAUGAACACUGUAAAUGUCAUCCGUACUUACUGAGCAUAGUUGCAAAAAAUAUGCGACAAAAAUAUUUUGAUUGGGCGUACUGGAUACGUAAGUUAAAAUGCAAUGGAUUUUCUUCUGAACUUACAGCAGUAAAAUGGUCUUUCGAUGUAUUGUCUGAACAAAAUUUGAAUUUAUAUGAAACGUUUUUAAUCUUUCAGCAAAAAACAUCUAUUCCAAUUAAGUUACUAGCCGCUCUUUGGGAUAAAACUGAAACUGAGUCCGAAGACAUAAUCCAAACAUUCCAUAAGUUCUCUCUUGUCCAUAAGGAAGGAAAAGAAAUCACUAUACCAUAUAUUUACAAUUUAUAUUUAAAGCAAAAUGUAAAAGACUUAAAUGAAUUGGACUUACAUAGAAAAAUCAUCGAUUAUUAUGAGGUUGAUAAAAUUUUGAAUCGCAAUGAUAUCGACUUCUGUGAUAUAAAACAUGACAAAUAUUUUUUCGAGAAUAUUGGUUAUCAUAUACAUGAAGCAAAACGACAUGAUUUAUUUCAAAUAUAUUUUGAUUUUAAAUUUUUGGAACAAAUUAUAAGAACCGUUGACUUAGCAUAUACUAUCGCACUUUUGAAAUGUUACGAAAAUGAAAUCAUAAAUUUAGAUAAUCGUAAAGAACAACUUCUACACGAAUUAUAUGCUUUUUUGCCAAAAAUUGAAGAGAGAUUAACUGCUUCAGCUUAUACUUGCCUUCUUCAAUAUGCAUUAAUGGCAAACGGUGCAAUACGUGAAAGUGCGUUGAGGCAAGUGGAGUUAUAUCCAAAUCGUACUUGGUUCACAGAAAACGGCUUUUUCCAUCAACAACGACAGAUUGUCAAUUUGCCAAAUGAGGCAAAAAUGGUGCAUAUACUAAAGCAUUAUGAGCCAGAUAUAUGUAUUGUCGUUUGCGAGAACAAUAUCCUGCUAUUAGAUGUUUCUCUGGAAUGUUUAACUGGUCCUAUAUCUUUGACUAAUGAUGACAACAACCAUUCGCCAAUAAUUGAAGCGCGCUUAUUUCGUAAAGAUGAAUUUCUGCUUACACUCAAUAGAAAUGGUGAAUUGUUAUUGUGGUCCAUUGCAGACGACCGUCGCCGGGCUUUUCGUAGGCCUAGCACCAAGCAAAAGAUUAAUCCAAUAAAAUGUAAGCAAAUCACUAGGCAGAGGAAUUUGUGCAAACAAAACAUACGUGAUAUACCAAUUUAUAUAAAUGGCAAGAUUGUUGCAUUUGACGUUGAAGUUGGUGCAAGUACCGAUAAUAUCAAUUUGCAUGUCGCUUGUGAUAGUGGUGAUAUAUAUUUUUUUAAAUGGAAUGCUUAUGACAAAGAAUUUGAAUAUGGUAAACGUCCCAUACUGCGAACCAAUAUUCGAGAUAUUCGUUCGUUUUGUAUAUUAAAAAAAUACUAUAUGCUGCUUAAUGCUUCAAAUAAAAUUAGUUUCUGGAAUCUUAAAGAUAGUUCAAAUGAAGAUGAACCAUUUUAUUGGCCGGUACAAGACACGAAACUUGUAUGCUACCAAAUUUAUCAAGACGAUGGUUAUAGCAACAUAAUUUUUGUAUUUGAGAACAAGAUUCUAUUAUUGAGCUUUAAGAAUGAACACAAUUUCUUACUUAAGAAUGCGAUGCUUAAUGAAAUUUAUACGUACAACGAAUACAACAGCUAUAUUACCUGUGCCAAAAUUUCACCCGAUAAUAAAUAUUUAGUUUUGGGUACAAAACGUGGCCUUAUUGUCUUAAAUAUAACUUUCCAAUUAGAAAGGUUUGAAAGCAAUAUAAGCGAAAUUAUUCCAUGUGAAAUGUUUCGAAGAAAUGUUAGCGAAACUAUCUCAUGUGUUGAUAUCUACGCGUCAAAUGAUCGUAUAUAUAAAUACGUCAUUAUUUGUGGCUCAAAGAAUAAGAAUGCUUUAAAUCUUUUCGCCUUACGUCAAAAUUUAAAAGGUUCACUUGAAUGGGAUCACGUAGAUACACAUGAUAAUAGCGAUCAAUAUAAUACACUACAGUUGGAAGCAGAUGUAUAUUUAAGAGGCCGCAGAUUAUUUGAUAUUACCAACGAGGAUGGCACAGUUCUUUUGGCUGUUGAUUCAAAGAACAGAGUACAUCAAAUACCAACAAGUUCCACAAAAAAUUGGUCGGUUAUAUUACCUUCUAUAUCAUCGUAUUCGAUCACAGCUAUAACUGCUGUAAAGCAAAAGAUUUUCAUUGGUCAUGAAAAUGGUGCUAUACAAGAUUUAUCCAGCGAAACGUAUGAAACUAUCUUCAAUCAAGCGGUAUCGUAUUUACAAUUAGUGACUGAAAAUAUACUCGUUGCAUCGUCAGUAAAGGAAGACAAAACUUACGUCAAAUGUUUACUUUCGGAAAUUGUAAAGUAUCUCGACAGUGAUACGAAAAUCAGUUUUAUGAUAUUAGAACGAUUUUUACUGCUUGUACAUAAAAACGGUGUUAUAACGAUAUUGGACGCUGCCAAUGAUUUUAUUCCUAUUUCAUUCCAGGGCAUUUGCUAUUUAGACGAUGUAUAUACAUUCGAAUCGGGUCCUAUAUAUUUAAAUGGUUAUGAUUGCAUAAAUAAUUUUUUGUUUUUGGCAAUAACUAAUAAUAUUUAUCUCUAUAAUUUUCACAUUAUGAAUGGUAAUUUGGAAUAUAAUUUUCAUCAGAUACUAAGAAGAGAUUCAAGUUUUGAUGGUAAAGUAAAUUGUCUGGUUACUUCAAAAGAUACUAACUUCAUAGCUCUUGGUCUGAACACUGGUGACAUUGAGGUAUAUAAAGUAACCAAUAACAAAACAUAUGAACUUCUUUCUAAACUUGAAACGCAUAAAAAUUGUAUUUAUGAUAUGAAGUUCUCGCCGUAUGGAGAUAUGCUCGUCAGUUGCUCCGAACAACUCUGCUUUUGGAGCAUUAAACAUAUUAUUAACAAUCCGUUAAUGAAAACGCAAAAAAGGCGUAGCUCUCGUUUCACAUCCCAACGCAGUUCCGAUGUUGAGGAAGUUGAUGCCAUGAGACUGGAUCUUUUCAAACGCGAAUUAACAGCAAGCCCUUGGGCAAAUAAACAAGGUAGCUCGGAUAAACCAGAAUUAUUGGCUUGCAUCAGAUUUAGUGGUAAAAAGGCUAAUAAAUUAUUUACAAAUGCAGAUUUUACAGAAUUUCAAACUAUCGACGAUGAAGGUGUUUAUUAUCAUUUGAAGUUAUCAGACAUUUGUGAAACUGUUCAAACAUCGAUUAGAAAUGAUUAUAAUUACAAUUUUGAAAGGUUAAACUCUGGUGUUUUUUCGUGACAUAUAAGUCGUAAAAAUAACUCCAACAAUUUACAAUUUUUUUCAUAUAUAUUUUUUAUGAUCUACUAUUUUCUGUUCUAUAUUUGUUUGUUCCAUUGUGCUUACAUUUAACCAUUACCCUUAGGUAUUCAUAUUAUAGAUAAAUAGUGUUUUUUUAGAGAUAACCGAAAUAUUCACCAAUAACAAUUACACCUACGAGAAAAAUGUAUAAUUGACUCAGAAUGCAGAAAAAUUAUCAUAAAAGUAGAUGUAUAUGCAAGUAUUUUUUCCUGAUUUUGGUUUG